UGAUUGGUGACACCUGUUUUUGAAGCAGUGCCAAAGACCAUCUCCAGUGAACUUUAUGAGGCUCACUUUGUUUGGCUUUGUGUACUGGGUGGAAAAUACAGAAAUACUGCAUUUUCCCAUUGGACGGCACCUGCCUCUGAGAGUUCUGCUGCGGAGAGCUGCAGACGCUGGUGUUUUGAUUGUUCACAUACUCAAGGUGAUAGCUACAAAUAUGUCAGCUGUGGUCCAUCUGACAAGUAUUUUGCUGGCCCUUUUGAUAUCUGAUGUUGCCCAUGCUGCAGCUCUUCCAAAUGGUCAUGCUAAGAUUAGUUCAGAAGCCUGGCCGCCCCUGUAUUGGGGGCCUCCUCCGCCUGCACAGAGUUGGGGGCAACCAGCGGUGCCCAACUGGCCACCUUCUGAAGGGUGGAGGGCUCCUAGCCCAAAAUCAUUAAAUCCCAUCAUAUUCCAGAACCCAAACACUGUCAAAAAUAUGGAAGGAAAUGUCCCUCCUGAAAAUGUCCUUCCUGAAAAUGUCCCUCCUGAAAAUGUCCCUCCUGAAAAUGUCCUUCCUGAAAAUGUCCCUCCUAAAAAUGUCCCUCCUGAAACUGUCCCUACUGAAAAAGUCCCUCCUGAAAACCCUGAGACACAGGACCAAGGGGCCAAACCCAGGUCAUUUCAUAUCAAUUUUCAAGCUCCUAUGUCUAACCCUGAGGAUGGGAGCACGGGACAGGACUAUUCUCAGUCACAGGGAUCUGGUCACUUUCACAUGGAGAGUAAAAUUGAAAGUCCGUUCGAGGAUUCUUCAAAGCAUGGUUCAUUCUACCCCAGUAAAAAGCACCAAGACUCUUCUAAGCACGGCUUUCAUUUUAGCUUGUCUAUCCCUCUACCUACAACAACUGCAGCUCCUAAAGCUCCUGCUAGUGUGUUCAAUGCUGGACUUUCCAACACUGGUACCUCACACACAAGAUUUUAUAAUUAUCCUUAUUACAUGCCAGACGUAAAUAAGCCAGUGUACCAAAAGCCAUCAGGUACCAAGGUGGUUUCUCAGAGACCACCAGAGAGCAAGUUGGUAUCCUUUUUUUCUGGGCUACUUGACCACAAGGGACAAAGCAACCAAAAUGCCCAAACGAGUACUCGGACACAACAAAACCCAGUGUUUUUCAAGCCAGUGGGACAUAAUCAUCCUUCAACACAAAGUCUAAGUGGCUCUCACCACUUAGACUUUGGUCAUCACCAAACCCCGACAAACUACUGGAGGGGUCAACGGCACUUAAGUUCAGCUGAUCCAGGAAGUGGUGUCCAGCAUCCAGCCCAGUAUCCGGCCCAAAAUGUGCAUUACUCUCAUACGUGGUUCCCAAUUACCAGUUCUGACAGUGCAGACGUUAGGAAAAGUGUUUUACAGUACGCUAAAUAUGUUAAUGGUCAACUCAUGAUUCCAUUAGAGAAGUGCCCCGGGUUUGAAAAUUUUGCAGCCCUUUUACAAAAUUACUACCAAGGUCAAGUUCACCACCAUGGCCACACUCCCCCUAGUGGCCCAGUGCAGACAAAACCACACUAUACAAAUAUGUUUCUAAAUAUGGAAGGCUACACACCAAAUCCUACACAGGGAACAAAUGUACAGCACUCAGGGGCAUACCAAAAAACUCCUUUCAGAUGGUGGCAAGACUCUAAAAAUGUAAAGACUGAUCAACCUAGUGUCCACUUUUUCAAUCCUCAGUCCUACACCUCCUAUGUGCACAAGGAGCCUAAUUCACAGCAGUCUGUAGUGAAGCCUGGACAAACUAAUUAUAUGGUACAACAUGGGACAAAUGUUGGAUAUGACCAGCAACCUGAUCAGCAAGGUCAAAACCACUUUGAGUAUGUACAACACAGUGGGCAUUCCUACUGAUGUGGCUGCAGCACCGGGAGCUCAACAUACUGUUCCAGAAGGAAGUUCAGGCAGAGUUUUUCAGUUCAAUAAAGUGAACAAUUUGUAA